ACGUCGCCGAGACGCCGCAUCGGUUGCCUCGUCUCGGUACGAUUCGGUACGAGCUCGACUUCGUUGCCAGUGGGCGCACAUCAUCUCCUUUCGUCUCGGCCCGUACCCAUCCGAAACUCCGUCGACAGCGACCACAAAGUAAACGACGAAAAGAGAAUAUCGGAAACCUCCUUCUUUGUUUGGUGCGUGGGACCGAUCCGCGGUAACAAAUCUCAAAUGAUUCGUCGUCGUUCCCAGGUCCGUUAUAUUGUUCCAAGCACGGAUUGUUAGCUUAGUAUUGGUUGACAGACGCGCGUUUACUGCAGCUGCACAGAACAACCCAGAGGACGAGCAGAGACUGUAUUCGCUGCAGCACGGCAAAGCCACCCCCUCGGAUCGUAUGCCUGUACUUCCCCGUUAUUUCGUUCUUUGCGUCGUGCGUGAGAGCGUAGCUUUUUUGCACCGCCAAUAGCUGCCGUUACCGUCGCUAGAGGCGCUCAGCUCUUUUCGGUUUCGCUUCUUGGGCGUCGCUGCGCCGUCCCUUUUUCGUUCCCGCCGUCGUCUGCUGCACCGCAGCACUUUUUCGUCUGCUUCCGGCUGCUCUCCCCCUCCCCGUUUUUUUUUCUUCUUUCUUUUUUGCCGCUCCCGGUGUUCCUCAUCUUGGCUGCGUCCUACUCCACAGCGUGUUUCUUUCCAUCUCCUUCGUUCAUUAUUUGUUAUUGCGAACCACGUCCUUGGAUUCGGCCGGAGGCAUCAUCAACCUAGAGGGAGAGAGUGAAAGAGAUACAUCAUAGAUCCUCCCCCGUUUCAGAGGCAAAGCAACGACCCAUCAGUUCUAUAUAUACUUGUUUAAUCUCGGGCACUGCACAGUGCCACUUCUGUCGUUGUUUAGUGACCACCGCCCCCCUUCGUAAAGAAGCCUGCUCGUUCCGGGAUCGUGUUUGUGUUCCGUUACGGCACUCGGCCCGUUCGAGUGAGUCGUUGGCGCCGCAGCUUGCGGAGCGCGGUUUCUUUGAGCGUCGAGCUCGGACAGAAAAGGACCACCGAGACACCGUGGCGCUCGGACGGUCAACCUUUGCCGAGGUGACUGCCAGUGUCAUCGUCGCCGCUCCGAGCGGAAGAUUUUCUUCCGAAGUGCCACGGACAGAGCGGGAUUGUCGACGGUGAGACGGCAGUGUUGGAACAGAAAGUGUCGUCGGCAGCGGCAAGCUCGAAGACAUCAUGGACAUCAAAAAACCGGAGGAGAUUGGUGGCCGUUCCUGGUGGAACCGGCGUACAAAGAUGGAACGGUGCCUGCUGGUCAGCGUUGGGUUCCUCACCGCCAUCGCCAUCAUACUCAUCGCGACCACAACGCUGGCCAUGGCCAGGCCCAAAGCAUUGAAAAGGGGAAGCCAGGAGCUCUCGACAGAGGUGUGCAACUCGACGGUAUGUCAUGAGCGAGCACAACUGAUUCUGCAGUCCAUGGAUGAGAGCGUUGACCCGUGCCAAGAUUUCUACGGUUACGUGUGCAACAACUGGAUGCGAAACAACCCAAUACCGGACGAACGGGCCAGGUUCAGCAAGUUCGAUAGACUGCGGCUGAAGGUUCUUCAUCAACUCAGAGACAUCUUGGAGAAGGCGCCGUACAAGGUGGAGGACCAGAACGUCACCGACCAAGUGGUGCUUGCCUAUCACUGCUGCACCAAUGAAUCCAUAAGCGAGGAAACAAAGUACGCUGCCCUGCGUACCAUGCUUAGCAGCGUCGGCAUCCACGAUUGGCCCCGGCCCGUAGGCUGGCCGGAGGCGCCAUCUUGGGAGGAGCUGUUCGUCCAAGCGUACACCAAGACCGGACUGAGCUUCAUCAUGGCCACCGGUGUGGGAGUUGAUCUCAAGAACACUUCGGUCUACGUCAUCAGCUUAGAUCAACCCGGCUUCGGAAUCGGCCGAAACCAGCUGAUCAACAUGUCAACACCCAACAACGAGCCCAUCGUCAGGGCGUAUAAGACGUACAUGGCGGGGUCGAUACGCUUCAUGCAACCCAGUCUCAGUGAUAGCGCAGUCGACGCCGUCGUAGAGGACAUCAUCAACUUCGAAUCUCAACUGGCCAGGCGCACCAGGUCUCCCGAAGAUCGACGAGUAUUCGACACCAUGUACAACCGCCGGACAGUUGCCAACUUGAGUGCAGAGUUCCCGCAGGUGGACUGGCUAACCAUACUGAACCGAAUUUUCGAGCCAAUCAACCUAACAAUGACCGAGGAAGAAGACGUUGUCAUGAGGGAACCAGAAUACUACAACUCCACGCUUGACUUUCUCAAAACUGUCGAAGGGGCCACAAUCUACAACUACGUCGGAUGGCGACUAAUGCAGAACUUCGGACCGACUUCGUCCAAGUUGCUGCGUAAGUUGGAAUUCGAGUUCGUGCGGGUGGUGCAGGGAGUGGAGAAGAUUCUGCCGAUAUGGCAGCGCUGUAUCGGCAGCAUCAGCGCCAUACUUGAUCACCCGAUGGGCAGGCUCUACAUCGACAGGGAGUUCAGUCCACAAGCGAAGGAAGACAUGGACUCACUCGUCGCUGAUCUGAAGGUUGCCUUUAGCGCCCUCCUCCAGCAAAACGACUGGAUGGAUGAUUACACCAAGGAGCAGGCUGCCAACAAGCUUAAUGCUAUAGUGGACAACAUUGGCUACCCGUAUUGGCUGAAAAACAACACGCACCUGAACAGCCGCUACGACAUUAUAAAGCCAAUCAAGCCAGGAACACCUUUCCUGAACGUCUACUUGAAUGUGCGGUACAAUGGUAUGGUCAAGAGACUUGAGAAACUCCGGACCACAUUCAACAGGAGCGAGGAAUACGUUGGAUCUGCAGUCGUCAAUGCCUUCUACAAUCGUGUGGCCAAUUCUAUUGCAUUUCCAGCGGGAAUUCUCCAAAGUCCGUUCUAUGGCUAUGGCCUGCCUCCCUCCGUAAACAUGGGAGCGAUUGGCUCUAUCAUCGGCCAUGAAAUCACUCAUGGUUUUGACGACGCAGGCAGCCAGUUCGACUUCGAAGGCAACCUCCGAAACUGGUGGACGCACGACACCAGAAACAAGUUCCUCGAACGCGCCAAGUGCUUCAUCGACCAGUACGGCACCAUCGUCGAUCCCCAAGCAGACAUGAACCUUAAUGGUAUCAACACGCAAGGAGAAAACAUCGCUGACAACGGUGGAAUCCGGGAAGCAUUCAGGGCAUACCGAAUCAGCCUAGCGAAGCUGGGAAAGCCGAAUGGUAUUGCCCUGCCCGGACUCCAGCAUUUCACCAGCGAUCAGAUCUUUUUCAUCUCCACAGCAACGGCAUGGUGCACUAAUAUGAGAACUCAGGAACUGAAAAACGACAUUCAGUACGACACGCACAGUCCAUCAAAAUACAGGGUUAACAUCCCAAUGGGCAACCUGGUCGAGUUCUCACACGCCUUUGGAUGCCCCGAAGGAACGCCCAUGAACUUGACUCACAAGUGCAUACUGUGGUGAUCCGCCUCGGUCGCUCAUGAUCCGUCGCUGCAUUUCGGGGAUCGGGACGGCUUUUACAUUCAGGACUACGCGGAUCCACUCGAACGCGCGAGGAAGAAAAAAAAAAAAACCGAGCCGUCACACGAAGCGAUAGGGGAAGAAGAGCGUGGCAAGGAAAUCCCCGCCCGCUUACUCUUCAAACCAUCUUCUUCUUCUCCAGCAAGUGUGGACCUUCCUCCCGUAGCUUCGUACCACAAUCGAACGCAUUAACUCUCUUGUACAUACGCGUUUUAUUUUGCUUUCAUUCAACGAUGCUUCAUGUCGAAAUCGCGUGAAUAGCGAAGCUACGCUGGAAGGACGACAUCGGAGGAGAAGACUGGCACCGAGAAAACAAAGAAACGUCAUCGUCGCGCGAAUGAUCUUUUAUCUCUCAAUGACGUUCUUUUGUAAAAAAGAAAAGAUGAAUGUACAGAAUAUCUGCCUUCUGUA